AUGAAUGAAGACAACCAACAACUGAAUUAUUAUAAGAACAAAAUUGCUAAAGAACAAAAGCAUUCGAAAGCACUUGAAGAGUCGUUUGAUUUUGUGACUCAGAGGCUGAGAAAGACUGAAGAAGAGAACCGUAUUGUGAGGGAGAGAACACAACGCUACCAUGAACAAAACGAGGAAGAGAUGGAUUAUCAAGAGCAGUUCUUUAAAGAUCAACUGAAGAUAAUCCAUGAUGCUAGGAAUGCAAAAGAAGGGAAGUUUGAUAAGCUCCAGAAGGAAGAGCGCAUGAAAGUUGAGCAAUCUUAUUCUGUUGUGGAUCCUCAGAAGAGGGAUGAGAGCCUUGAGGCAAUGAAGGAAUUUGAGGAAGAGAGGGAGAAGCUGAUGAAAGCUCUUGAAGAGCAGAGGACUGAAAUGAAGAGUAGGCACUGGAAAGAGGAGAUUGAGCUGGAGAAAGGGUUUGAUGCUGUGCUGACUCAAUUGAUGGACAAGUACACCAAUAAACUUGAAGGAUGA